AGGAAAGUGAAUACUAUGGCAGCUGCUACCAUAGUGCAUGAUACCUCCGAAGCUGUUGUGCUAUGUGGGUCGCAUGGGCUGUACCUAAAGCCCAUCUCAAAGAUCGUCAUCAGUGUGGCACUGCCUCAGCUAAAGCAACCUGGAAAAUCCAUCUCAAACUGGGAAGUGAUGGAGCGUCUUAAAGGCAUGGUGAAUAACCACCAAUUUUCUACUUUACGAAUCUCCAAAAGUACCAUGGACUUCAUCCGCUUUGAAGGGGAAGUGGAGAAUAAGGGAUUGGUGAAGGCUUUUAUAAGUGCUCUGGAUGGCAAAAGUAUAAAACUGAGUGGGUUCUCGGACAUUCUGAAAGUCAGAGCAGCGGAGUAUAAAAUAGAUUUUCCCACCAGACACGAUUGGGACUCUUUCUUUCGUGAUGCUGAAGAUAUGGAUGAAAAUCUCCCAGGAGAAAGGCCAGACACAAUUUAUUUGGAAGGCCUUCCAUGCAAGUGGUUUGCUGUUAAAGACUGUGGUUCUGAAAAGCCAAGCGAAGAAGUCCUUGUAAAGGUCUUCAGCAUCUUUGGAGAAAUCAGGAAUAUAGACAUCCCUAUGCUUGAUCCUUACAGAGAAGAAAUGACUGGUAGAAGCUUUCAUACAUUCAGUUUUGGAGGACAUUUAAACUUUGAAACUUAUGUGCAGUACAAGGAGUAUGUGGGUUUUGUAAAAGCCAUGAAUGCUUUGCGUGGCAUGAAGCUAAUGUAUAAAGGUGAAGAUGGCAAAGCUAUUGCUUGUAACAUAAAGGUUUCCUUUGAUAAAACAAAACAUCUGACUGAGGCAUCUAUUAAAAAGCGUCAUCUCGAGCGACAAAAAUUGCAAGAACUUGAACAGCGGCGAGAGGAGCAGAAGAGAAAACAGAAGGAAGCUGAAGAAAGACAAAAAGAAGAGGAACGAAAACAAAAAGAACUAGAAGAGAUUGAAAAGGAGAAAAAGCGCAAGGAGAAGAUCAAACGAAAGGAGGAUAAACAACGAGAACGGGAAGCUCGCAAGCACAAGAAAAAGCUGCAAAAACUGCAGGCCGAGGAGCAAAAGAGAUUGCAGGAGAAAAUCCGAUUUGAAGAGAGAAAGCUCCUAUUGUCUCAGAGGAAUUUGCAGUCCAUCAGGUUAAUUGUAGAGCUUCUAAGCAGAGUGAAGGCUGCAAAGAUUCAUGAACAGGAGGAAAAAGAGGCAGAAAGGAUUCGCCUUCUCCAGCUGGAAGAGAGAAGACGACAGCAGGAGACAGAGCUAAGACGGGUAGAAGAAGAGAAGCAGCGUACCUUAAAUUUAUUCCGUAAAGAGAGAGAAUUGAGAGAGAAGCUUGUGAACAGUUUCCUUAAUAGAAAUGUGUGCUCUGUCUCUCAGAUGAAAGAGGAAAAAAAUCCCAGCAGCCACAGUGUUAUCCUCUGACAGCCAGUGAAAAUCUUCCCCGAGACUACUUAUCAAGUGCUUUCACAUCUACCUCAACACAAACACCAUCAGAAUAUGGGUCACUCAGGCCGCACAUUCACUAUGCAAACUCCAACGUACAUGUUGUAAAUGGGGUUUCGCUGGAAGUCACUGCACCCCAGGAGUGUAAAAUAAGUGAUGUUAAUCCAGCUAGACCUUUGUACUCGCUCACCAGCAUUCUUGGCAAUAAUAUCCUGCAUAAUCAUUCAGCGAGUAAUGAUCCUGCUUUAUGGCUAAAGGAAGUCCAGACUCACCAAAGCAAAGGCGAACAGUACACUCAUAUUGCGUCAGACAUAACCAGCAGACAUUCACACUCUCAGGACAAAGAACACAAGCCUAAAUUAAAACCGAAGCGAGACUUAAGUAGAGAAGAGGAUGAUCAUAAAAAAGCAAAGAAGUUCCACAAGAAGCAUUCCUCUAGAGACUGCAGCCCACACACACAAGAAGCAGUAGCCAUGAACGUAGUAGACACAGAAGCAGAGAUCUAAAGUCAAGGCCCGGUCAUAGGCAGAAGAAGCAUCGGAGAUCUCAUAGCAGAGACAGGGAUUCUUGGAGUAGCUGA